UUCAAGAAUAUACAGUAUUUUCGUGGUGUUUAGUCGUUUAACACUAAAUAAAAAUAAAAUGAAUUUUGUUGGGGUUUUGUUCUGUGUCAUUGCUUUAACUCUAAUCGAUUUGGGUGAAGCUGCAAAUCCAACAGAAGCGGAGAAAGUUGCAAGUGCAAUAACUAACAUUAAUGACUUGUUGGGACGAAUGGAGACACGUGGUCUUGAACCUAUUUUAGCAGCGAUCCAAAAUGGCAUGAAUGAUGUAAAUCUAAGUGAAAAGAGAUCUUCUGAAGUCGAAAAAUUGUUCAAUAAGCUCAGUAAGGUGAAUAAAGAAUUCCAAUCAUAUGCUGAGAAGAUUUCAAUCAAAAGACAAAAGCAUGCGACUAGAGUCGUUCCCCUUGGAAUCAAUCCUGACAACACUGAGUACGAAGGCACUUUGAAAAAAGUAAAGAAAUUACUCGAGAAAUCUGUAAUAUCUUUGAAUAUAUGAAAUUCCAAAUAAAAAGCACAAUUUUGAUGGAAACCUUAUAACUUGUUUAUACAUAAGAUUAUAUGAAUUAAUAAUUGAUUUUUUGUAUUAAAGCAAGUCGAUUAUCUUUUUGCUCAUCCUUAACAUAUUAAACUCAAACAUGAAAUUGUAUUCUUUAAUUGAUGAAUAAAAAUCUUUGUUCUAUCAUGUGAA